GAGGUAAAUUUCAAUAGGUGACGACGUCUGCAGGCGAAAAAGUCAUUGACAUAUUUACAAGAACGCUAAGAAAUGCCGUGUGUUCGAAUCAAAGAAGCUUAUCACAAUACUAAGCAUAUCAUUGAUGACAUCGAGUUAAGUUGCAAAGUUGAGGAAUUGAAGGAAAAGGCAGCAGCGAAGACGAACAUACCGAUUGACCAGCAGAAUUUUAUAUUUGCUGGAGAACUGCUUAAGGACGAGAAAACUCUGGACUCUUAUGGAAUCAAAGAUGGAUUUACUAUUUAUGUGAUGAUAAAGAACCCUGAACCAGAACCCAUAGAACUUGAUUCAGAUGAUGUGCCAAUCACUGAAGUGAUCCCUGUCUUAGAGGCAGCCAUCAAGAGCCCUUCCUACAGAAAUACAGUUGAAAAAAUUCUUACCAAUCCAGACAUGCUUGAACAACUGACUGUAGCCACUCCAGGAUUAUCAUCUGAUCAUGUUGCUAUGACUCUUCUUCAAGAUCCUGAACUUCUUGAACAACUUGUACAGACAGCAAACGUUGAGACGGUAAUGCGAGAACAUCCAAGCCUGGUUCAGGCAGCUUCCUACAUUGCUGCAGCAAUUGCCAAGGAGGGAGGGGUAGGUAAACAUUCCACCAGGAGUCACAUGGCUGGUGACACAUAUGAUUCUGAUGAUGAACUGCGAGGCAUGGAUCCAGGGCUUGUUGCUCAAGCUGAACUGGUGGCAGCAAAUGAAGAGAGUAUCCAAGCAUUAAGAUCUGCUGCGGCCUCAAGAGGAGCAUCAUCAUCUCGGCAACCAGUCACAUCAUCAUUAUUAUCAUCGGCUUUAGCUAAUGCAGGAAUUUCUCCAGGUUCUUCAACACGCAGUGAAGCUGGGCCAUCCACAAGCAGAGGUGCUUCAACAUCAGCUUUCUCACCAGUCAUCCCAUCAACAAGUAGAGGUACAAGAGCGUCAAGUUCACGACCAACCAUAACAAGAGAUAUGGUCAGUGAAGCGGUGGCAUCUGUCAUGAACAUUUCUCAGCAAUCAUCUCAGCUUCAGUCACAGUUGCAGCAACUCAGAGAUAUGGGAAUCACAGAUGAUGCACUCAGUAUCCAGGCUCUCACUGCUACUGGUGGUAACGUCCAAGCUGCCCUUGACUUGAUAUUUGAAGGAUUAUAAACCCACAUGUCCCACUCCUGUGUCUGAGUUCCAUGUCUUUUGAAUUUCAGAAAAAAGAACUUAAAGCUCAUUGCUCUUUACUCAAGUGGUUUUGUUCAAAAUAGUUAUUCUUUUGACUUUUGUGGAAUGCAGUAUUGGAAGAAGCCAGUGUUAUAGCUGUAGUAGGUCAAGUACAGGCUAUCUUUUACCAGGUUGAAUGUAUGAUGACACUGAAUACUAUUUAAAUUUUGUUUAAAAGAUUACAGAAAGAAGCUUAGGUAAGUCACCUAAGCUGCUAUGGUUGGGAAAAGUGUGAGUUGUUAAACACUUUUAUUUGUGACUGUUUUGGAAAUACGCAUAUUAUUUGUAGGCAUUAAUCCUCUCAGGUUAAUCAUUCCCCCAAAAAACUAAAAUAUGAAAAACUUACAGUAUUGAAGGUGAAGGAGAAAGAAAAUGUUCAAAGUAAGAAAGGACAAGUAAUUCAAACUGAAAAAAAACUACAGUCUCCAAAGGUACUUUUUUAUUAGAAAUAACACACAACAUUGCAGCAGCAAGCUGUCUUUUUUCCCAGCUGGUAUCCUUAGUUUAUAAGCUGAUAUUAUAUCCUUGUUAUUCAAUAUUUCAGGGUAAUUAAAUAACAUUUUUUAUUUUACUACCAUUGUGAAUAUCCAUUUAGAAUGCAAUUUCUUUUACUGUUUAAUUAUUUUUAUACAAUGCAAGGAAACUGUCUUUGUAACAGUUUUCUAGUGACGUAUGAUUUUAACUAAAUGCACAAAUAGAUCGAUGUUGUUGUUUGGA